GUGAUGAAAUUAUGAUGGCUUCUUUUGUAUGCAGGAAAAAUUAUGAGGGUUUUUGUUUUCUUGUGGGGAUGUUUUCCUCGCUGUCCGUCUUUGCCUAUUUUGGUGGGCUCAAAUUUCGAGCACUUUGAUUGGGUCAGUCCUCUUCCUUUCUCUCUUGCGAGGAGAACGUUUUAUUGAAUGAAAAUAAUAAUAACAAGAGAAGAGCUCUGUACUCACUCAUAUCCUCAAUGACUCCAACUCCACCCGCUUCCUUCCACAGCCCCAUCAAUUCCCAACCAUGACGAAAUCCUAAAGAAAGCUGCAAGCUAGAACUAAAAGCCUUGGAAAGCUGCCUACUUAUAUAUCCUCUCAGGUAGACUCCAAAACAAAGCUUCUAAACAGACAUAGAGAAGGAGAUUUGGAGAAAGAGCUUUUCCAUCUUUCCUAGCAAGUCAUAGUUGUCUUCCUCUUCCUUUUCCCCUUCUUCUAAUUUUUCUUCUCCUGUUAAAUACUCUCAUCACUCAUCUUAAACUCCUCACUUGAUCCGAUCUAACGAGCGCCACUAGCCACCAUAAAUCUGCAACAUUAGCCAUCUAAUCAACAUAAAUCAAUUAAUCCAUGUUCGUCUCUACCUCGCCGGUACCACCAGCCGCAACAUCUUCUCCUGCCCCUCCCAAUGCCAUCUCCGCCACCAAGCGCAAGCGCCGCCCAGCUGGUACCCCUGACCCGGAGGCGGAGGUGGUGUCUCUUUCGCCGCGAACGCUUCUGGAAUCAGACCGGUACGUGUGCGAGAUCUGCAACCAGGGAUUUCAGCGAGAUCAGAACCUUCAGAUGCACCGACGGAGGCACAAGGUGCCGUGGAAACUGCUCAAGCGCGAGAGCGGCUCGGAGACGCGCAAACGGGUGUUCGUUUGCCCGGAGCCUUCUUGCCUCCACCACGACCCUUCCCACGCCUUAGGUGACCUUGUUGGCAUAAAGAAGCAUUUCCGGCGUAAGCACUCCGCGCACAAGCAGUGGGCAUGUGCUCGCUGCACCAAGGCCUACGCCGUCCACUCCGACUACAAGGCCCAUCUCAAGACUUGCGGCACCCGCGGCCACUCCUGCGAUUGUGGCCGCGUCUUUUCCCGGGUGGAGAGCUUCAUUGAGCACCAGGAUACGUGUAAUGCGGGCCGGGCAAGGCCGGCGCCGCCGGCAUGCGUGUCUCGCUCUGCGUCUAGCCAGAGCCCAUCUAGUGAUCAGACAAUCUUUAUACCUCCACCCGCGCUGCUUCCUACAGCAUCGAUGUGGCAGGCCUUGAGACCUCCAAAGACAGCCGGAGCCGCCUCCUUUCUCCAACUCGAUCACUACACGCCAUCUUCGUCUUCUCACAUACUCCGCCGACGACCUAACAUCGAGCUUCAGCUUCUUCCCGCAGAACCAGGGAUCCCUUCCUCGACCCCUUCUCCCUCCUCCGACGAUACCCGCGCCACAAAAUUGGAACUCACCAUUGGCAACUCAAAGGCGCUGGAUGAGAAGGUAAUGGCAGACGAAGCGCGGCAGGAGGCUAAGCGGCAGAUGGAACUCGCCGAACAGGAGUUUGCGAAUGCGAAGCGGAUCAGGCAACAAGCACAGCUUGAGCUUAACAAGGCGUUCGCACUAAGAGACCGCGCCGCCAAGAAAAUACAUUCCAUCUUACUGCAAAUCACCUGCCUCUCUUGCAAGCAACAAUUUUACUCCAAGGCAACAGCGUCGCCAAUGCUGUUCGCCGACGACUACUCGUUAACGGCGAGUUACAUUUCCUCUGUGGUGACAGAAGGUGAGGGCGACGAGGAAAACCAUGAUCAUGAUGAACGUGAGCCCAGGAGGUCGAGUUAAGAGCAUCGCCACAAAUUAAUGCUUGACAUUAUUAUAUUUGUCGGGAUAAUGGUGAAGCAUAUAUAAUGCAAGCAUAUCUAGCAAUAUAUUGUGUGGGGUUUUCAAUUUUUUUUAAUUGUUCAG